ACAUGAAGGCAUUGAGUGCUAAGUUGGACCUUCCUUACAAUCUCCAGUGCCAUGUUCGCACCAGCAGUGCAAUGGAAAUUGAGCGCACUCUUUCCUCGUUGCUCAACCAUCGACCCGCUUCGUUACAAGAUUCUGGAAUUGCUGAAAGUAGUGAAGCUACUCUGGGUCAAGAUACAUCGCUACCGGGCAUACUUGCGAUUUGUAGUGUCUUGCUAUUUCGCUACACGUCAUCGCCAUCAUUUCAGUACACGGUGUCUUUCAAAACUCAAAGGGAACAGUCUAGAAAUAUCAGCCUUCAAGUGUCUGUACCACCUAGCAGCGAUUUACUGCAUCUAGUGAUUCAAGUCAAAAAUUCAUUAUUGUCAGCCAGCCACAAUGGCCAACUGCCUCCACUCAGCCAUGUUGACUAUAUUUGCCUCCAGGAUCAAGCCAAUGAGUCAGCCGAAGUCGUAGACAUGUCCAUUGCAGGUGGCUUGUAUUUUAGAUUCCAAAGCUAUCAAAAUGUGUUUACGACCACCUUUUCAUUCGCCAAGAUUCUGUCCUUCUCAGAACCACAUGCUAUUGACAUAACAUCACACUGGGAAUCUCUUUUUCUGCAACUUAAAGCGGCUCCCUUAGAACUGGCCAACAAGAAAGUGGGAGAUAUUAAUAUACUCAGUCAGGAAGAGCGAAGUACUCUUUUAACCGUUUGGAACAACUGCCCACAGCCGGAAUUGUACGAUAAGAUAGGAGAUGUCAAAUUACUGCAUAUGUUAUUUGAGCGUCAAGUGGAACUGCAUCCUGAAAACACCGCCAUUGCUCACGAAGAUGUUUCAAAACCUGUUAAAUACACUUACCGAGAAGCAAACGCUGAGGCUGACAAGGUGGCCAUUCGUCUCAUGUCAAACAGCAAGAACUUCGAUCAUCUACCUCCUACCACACUUGAGAAUGUAUUUAUUGCCCAUCUAUUUCCCCGAUGCGCUGAAUCAUAUAUUUGUAUGUUAGGAAUCCUAAAGAGUGGAGCUGCAUAUGUUCCUUUGGAUAUAUCUUUUCCAAUGGAUAGAGUUGCUUAUAUCCUACAAGAUUGUAAGGCAAAGUCCAUCAUUACAACCGCUGAUCUUGGAACAAAACUUAGAGAAUACCAGAUUGGCAUGAAAGGAAGCGAGCAAGCGUUUGAAACUGAAAUUCUGAUUUGGGAUGAUAUUUGUUGCUCGAAAUCAUCAUCCAUCGGUUUCCUGUCUGUGGUAGAGCAAGGCAUUCGUCCCAGGUACAACGUGAAUACAAACGGUGCCUGUUACGUUAUUUAUACAUCAGGUAGUACUGGAAAGCCAAAAGGCUGCAUUAUUGAGCACCAAAGCGCCGUAAAUUUGGUCCUCUCAGAAUCCAGUAUUUUUCCGCUGACAGAAAAGGAUAUCGUCUUCCAAAAUUUUUCUUUGGCAUUUGAUGCCUCUAUUGAAACGAUCUGGUUGGCUUUUUUCAAUGGGGCCACCCUCUAUGUUCCUACCGAAGAUAUGAUGCAUUCUGGAGCACAACUCACACAAUACAUCACAAAUGCAAAAGUUACCGUGCUGUCCUGCGUACCAACUAUGUUAACCAUGUUAAGUACCGUCAGCUGCGAAAAUGAGAAGAGGAAUGACCAUUUGCUCCCUACCGUCAAAACGCUUAUUGUAGGCGGCGAAGCUUGCUCCAAGGACGUAAUAGAUAAGUGGAGCUUGAACGGCCAAAGGCGAAUGGUCAAUACGUACGGGCCAACCGAAGCAACAGUUAUCGCCACGUACAGUGACUGCCGAGCCGGCGACGGUAUUGUUAGCAUCGGUACAGCAGUGCCAAAUUAUGAGGUCUACAUCCUUGAUCCCCAUCUCCAGCCUGUUCCGAUUGGCGCCAUAGGCGAACUUCAUAUAGGAGGCAUUGGUGUUGCUAGAGGGUAUCUCAACAGACCAGAAUUGAACAAGGAAAAGUUCAUUGAAAACCCUUUUGCACCCCAAAUUUCUAAUUCACCUCGAUUGUAUAAAACGGGUGACUUGGCACGAUAUAUUCCACCAUCUGUAUCUCAGAAAACGUCAAGUCUACCAGAAGGAAGCAUAGAGUAUAUGGGUCGCAUUGACAUGCAAGUGAAGAUACGAGGUUACCGCGUGGAACUGUCGGAAGUGGAAGCAGUGAUCAUCCGAUGCUGUUUACAAGUAGCAAAUGCGGUAGUCCACCUUUGGAAAGGCGACGUGUCCAGCUCAGAAGAACCUGAAGAACUCUUUGUUGCUUACAUUGUAACGAAGGAAGGAACAGCACCAUUUAACUCCAGUGCAGCCAAAGAAGAGUUGAAACAGCACCUUCCAGAUUACAUGAUUCCCUCCGUCUUCCAGCUGAUUGAGGAGAUUCCAACCUUAGCGAGCGGCAAGGUGAACAGAAAAAUGCUACCGAAACCCAUUGAAAAAAUAGAACUUUCAGAAGAUGGUCUCUUUAUGGAUGAAAGCUUCAGUUUGACACAGCGGACAGUCGCACGACUUUGGGCAAAGCUUUUGGUUCUUGACAAUGUGGUCAAUGUACUGGAUUCCGAUUUUUUCGAUCUUGGCGGCCACUCUAUGACGGCAGCAAAGCUUGUCUCUUCCUUAAGGUCAGACCCUAUGUAUGCUAACGUAGGAAUGACAGACGUCUACAAAUAUCGCACCUUGAAGGAAUUUGCUGAAAGACUGGAUGAUAUUGGUAUGCAGUCUGUAUCGAAGAAGUUUGAAUGUGAUGACUCGCAAACGUACGUAUCUGAGAAGGACAUUGGAUCUGGCAAUGGAUCUCCUACAUUGAGAUCCUAUACUCAGGUUAUUGUAAAAUACAUUUGUAUGUUCAUUGGCCUGUAUUGCGUUUUCUGGUUUGCAAGCUUACCGCUCCUUCUUCCGUCCUGGACUCAUAAUUACGUCGAUAUCAAAUCUGUCAUAUCUAUGUAUACUGGAACUGUCUCCACCGCCAAAGCGGGAGUGUCUGCAUUGACCCAAGAUUACAAAAAUUUAGAACAACUAUCCAGCACACUAACGACUUUGAUGUCAGCCUUAUUGCUUCUCAUUGCUAUGAAUAUUACAUUUGUACUAUCUCCAUUACUCAUAAUACUGGUAAAAUGGGUUGUAAUUGGAAGAAUCAAGCCUGGGAAAUAUCCUCUUUGGGGAACUUACUAUUGGAGAUGGUGGCUGGUUCAUCGUCUCACCAAGCUUCUGCCUCUACAAAUAUUUAAAGGAUGGCCCGUCCUGGUCUGGUUCUAUCGUCUCCUGGGUGCGAAGAUUGGAAAAAAUGUACAUAUCGAAACGCCAUACAUAUCCUGUCUAGAUAUGAUCCAUAUUGGGGAUGACACGAGUAUUGGUAUUGAUGUUUUUAUGGAAGGUUUCAAAGUUCAAAUGGACAAAGCAGAUGAAAAGGGUCACCGUCAAGGCUGGCUUAUAAUUGGGAACAUCGACAUCGGCGCUGGCUGCUAUAUUGGAUCCAAAUCCCAUUUAUCAAUUAAUACAGUCAUUCCUGAUGACACGCUGAUAGGCGAAUUCUCUAUGGUACCGGAAAAUGCAAAGUUACAGCAAGGCAAGUCCUACACGGCUUCUCCUAUAUACGAGUGCAGUAGAGAAGACCUCGGAUGCUGCUUUGCAGAAGCUGCUCAAGAUCCUUAUACCAGGGCAUUCUCCAAAGACAUUGACAGCAGGAGACUUCCUCGGUGGCUGUCAUCUGUCCUUGAAUGCUUUGCAUUUUUUGGUCUCUUAUCGGUCAUGUUCGCCGCGGUUAUUCCAAGUGUCAUUCUUUUUCUGUUCGUUAUGGAUCGCUAUGGAAAACCUCUGUUCUACACAUCAGAUGUGGACAAGAAUGCCACGCAACAAGCAAUAUCAAUUAUUUGUAUAAUACUGACUCCAGCCAUUUCCGGAAUAUUGUAUGUGGUGACUUUCUGCUUGGAAACUACGGCAAUCAAAUGGAUUUUGAUAGGAGAUCUGAAAACCUCUGCUCACAAGGUCAUUCAUGUCAACAGUUGGCUCUGUAUGAGGAAACGCUUUGUCGAUUCGCUGAUGCAGCUCAGCUUGACCAUAGUUCUGUCUUUGUAUGCUACAUUGCUACUGCCAGUCUGGUUCAAAAUGAUGGGUGCUAAAAUAGGAAAGCAUUGUGAGAUCGCGACAACUAGACAUAUCACCCUCGAUUUGGUUACUCUGAAAGACGGGAGCUUCGUCGCCGAUGCAGUCUAUUUAGGACCACAUAAAGUUCAUCAAGGAUGGGUUCAGAUAUCUGAAGUAACUGUGGGCGAGAGGUCUUUCCUUGGAAAUUCAGCAUAUGUGCCUACUGGUGUGGAGAUAGGAAACAAUUGUCUGCUUGGAGCUCUUUCACGACCACCCUUACCGACCGUGGAGGACACACAAGUAUCAGAAGAUGCAAUUAUUACUCAGAAAAUACCUGAUGGAAAAUCUUACCUGGGCUCACCUGGAAUGUUCCUGCCAAGGCGGGCAACUGCCUCUGGAAAAGUGGAUAUAGAGAGAACAUUUGAGCCUCCCUGGCACUUGUACUUGGCCCGCAUCUCAAUUGAAAUAUGGCGUAUCAUACUUCCACCUAUCCUUUACUUGCUACACGCGUAUUCAUCCAUUAUAUUGAUAUUCGCUAUGAAAGAUAUUGGACUGGUAUCUGAGGUGACUCUCUGGUUCCUCUUUCCUAUUGUCUAUAUUCUCAUGGCUGUCGUUUGUGCCUUUGUGGUCCUGAUUUUCAAGUAUGUAUUGAUAGGAAGGUAUUGCGCAAGGGAAGCACCUCUGUGGAGUAGCUUUGUAUGGCGUACCGAGUUGAUCACGGCCUUGGAAGAAGCAUUCAUCAACGUGGUAUUGAUCUCGCACCUCCGUGGUACACCUUUUGUCAAUAUGUGGUUCCGACUACUAGGAGGAAACAUUGGAAGGAACGUAUGGUUGGAGACCACUAUGGUCAUUGAAGCUGACCUACUAACGGUCGGCGACGAUUGUGCAAUUGGAUCUGACUGUAUAUUGCAAACCCAUCUCUUUGAGGACAGAGUCAUGAAAAUGUCUCAAUUGAAGAUAGGUAAUGGGUGUACCAUUGGAUCAGCAUCCAUUACCCUUUAUGAUGGUGUUAUGGAAGACGGUGCAACGCUGGGAAGCUUUAGCUUGCUUAUGAAAGGAGAGCGACUCAUUGAAAACUCUAAUAUGGCCGGUAUUCCAGCUGAGCCAGUGAGCCAGAACUUUAAAUAGCUCCGAAAAGAGCAACCCAGCAGUUUGGUAGAUGAAACAUUGACAAAUAAACAAAAAUACAAGAUUCGAGCAA